AGCAAUUACAAAAAGCAGAAAAUACAACAAAAGAAGUUAAAGAGCAGAUACUGGAACUGAGAGAUCAACUUGUAGAAGAACAGAAAGUAUCAAAACUAAACCAGGAGGAAAUUGCCUCAUUGAAAGAAAACCUUGAAGAAGAGAAGACCAGUCAUAAAGAAACAUUAAAACAUCUUGAAACAGCCAAAAUUAACUUGGAAGAAGAAAAGAGUAAACAUGAAGUUACAAGGAGCAGUCUCACAGAGGCCAGAAAGAGUCUGUCUGAAUCUCAGCAAGCAGCGAAACAAAGCCAGAAUGAGGCUACACAGUUACGCAAUAUUCGUGUAGAUAAACUACGGCAUCAGCCGUCUACACCUUCACCAGACAUUGUGGAUAUGAGAAAUGGAAGCCGCGAUCGGCGUAGCACGCCAGAGAAACGUGCCAUCCCUCAUUGUAGAUAUUCAUUUCAUGUAGGAGACUCACCUUCAAAACUACCUAUGAGUAAGCGUCAAGCCAAUGAAUUCCUAGCUCUGAAGGAGGAAUGUUCCAGUCUUAGGAAACGAAUUCAGGCAAUUGAAGGGGAAAUGAAAAUGUCAAGGAAGGAAAACUUGCAGCUAUCAGCAGAAUAUAAUAAACUACAGGAAUCAUACCGUCAACUUGAGGCAGUGAAAGAUCAGCUAGCAGACAAAGAGUCUACAUGGAUGUCAAAUUUGACAGACUCUCAGAAAGAGACUGAGAGUACACUACAGGAGGUGAGGCUAGGAGACUCUGACUCACUCUAUUAUACCCAUCAGUUACAGGAGGCUAAAGAAGAGAUUAAGAAAUUGAAUAAGAAAUGUGAAGAAUGUGAUCAGGAAAUAACUCGUCUCAAAACUGAACUGAAGAAAAUAUCCGGUAGCUACGGACGUAUAGCAAGCAGGAGUAAAAUUCCAAGAAGAAAAUAAAGAUUUCGUUUGUGUCGUGUAUACCUCUACUGAUGUUGUUAUUUGCUAUAUUACUAGCAUUAUAUCCCUCCCUAGAGACUCUGACAGCAGCAGGAUCACAUACAUAAUGAAUACUGUAUGUUAGUACUGUAUAAUUGUCCCUCCAUUGUUUCUGUAUCAUACAACAAUCUACAUGUGAUGUAAAGAUAAAAGGGUACACAAUAAAUGUAAUUUCGUCAGCCCUUGCAGGUAUACAAACAUAUAGUUACAUAUGUAUCUACAUGUUCUGUCGUUGUAUGGCAGAGUAUAAACAUGAAUGAUCAGAUGUUGAGAUGAGAUGUCAUGUCAUGAAAUUAAAUAAAGCUUUGUGUUUUUUUCGAGUAUGAGUGUAUUAUUGUUACGCAGUGCAUAUUAUUGCAGAUUACUGCCAGUUUAAAUAUACACUAAUUUCCUUAAUAUUAAAUCUAUUCCAAUUAUCUAGUGGAAUAUUUUUGAAAUCUACAAUUCUAGAGGUAAUUGGAUUUUAAUAAGGCCAAAGUAAUGUAAAAGUAUUGAGUAUACUUUAAAAUAAGUUUAUACCACUGCUAUCAUGAUGUAAAUUACCAUAUUAUCAUUUAUACUAUUUCUACUGACUUGUGUUAAAAUUUAUAAUAAUAAAUGAUAUUUAACAACUUCUAGAACACAGGUGUACACUUGUUUAGAAAAUGGCCAUCAAUUGCAAUCAUGUGUUUAUUCAAACAUUAUUUCAUCUUAUGUACAUUACUAAUUAAUUCUCUUGUUUUUUAGUUUUAUUUAACUUUAUUCUGUGAAGAACGUUUUUGUAGUGUAUUUAACUAUAAGUGCUAGCUAUAAAUAUUUUCUACAUGAAAUAGUUUGUUUUCUUGCUUUGAGACAUUAAUCAAAACAUUUGUUUCUGCUAAAAAUCUGUUCAUGUGUUGUUUUUAUCUCUGUGCCAAAAUGAUAUAUGAUUACAUAAAAAAGUUUUCUUCACAAACUGUAUUACUGCAGUGUUAGAAGUAUACAACAUUUAAACCAUUUCUUACUAUCAACCCUGUUUUAUGUUUACAGUGUUUCCAUAUACACAUUAUUUUGUCAUCACAUAUUUGAAAAUGGCUUCAUAUAAGACAGCUUUGAUUGUAAAUUCUAUGUUAUUCUUAGUGGCUACAUGCAAACAUUGUUAUAUGAGCCGCCUCAUGACAAAACCAAUGUAAUGUGUUUGCGACCAGCAUGGAUCCAGACCAGCCUGCGCAUCUGCGCAGUCUGAUCAGGAUCCAUGCUGUUCGCUAUCAGUUUCUCUACUUGUAAUAGGGUUUUUAAGCAAACAGCAUGGAUCCUGAUCAGACUGCGCAGAUGCGCAGGCUGGUCUGGAUCCAUGCUGGUCGGAAACCCAUAAUGUUAGUUUUGUCAUGGCGCGGCUCAUAUAUUAUAUCAUAAGCUUCAUUGCAUGUAUUUAAGUUUAGCACAGAUAACACGCUGUGGUUCAUCUUUCGUUUUAUUUAUUACACAAAGCUUGGGAUAUGGAGCUACUUUUCACAUUGAAAGUAUCUGCGUCACAUAUUUGUUGUAUAGAUUUUACUAAGGGCAGUAUAUGUCUGUAUUUAUUGAUUGACCAAGCUAUUUAGUUGACCAUACAUUAUUUAUUGUCUUGCUAACUUCAGAAAACAUGCAUUCUACCAUUAGUCAGUCUUUAACCGCCUCUGUGGUCGAGGGGUUAGAGUUGAUGACUUCUAAACCAGUUACCUCUCUGGUGUGGGUUUGAUCCCCGGGAGCUGCUUUGGUAGUUUAGCGCGGUGGAAGGUAGUCUAGUACUGGUGUAACUCUCCAAAACAAUGGUUAGAAAACUACCCACUUAUUUGACUGAAAUACUGUUGGGUGUAAAAUGAAACAAACAAACAAACAAAAUCAAUAGAAAAUAUGGUGAAAUGCUAGGCUGCCACAUAAUAUGAGCUGCGUCAUGACAAAACCCACAUAGUCGAUUUGCGACCAGCAUGGAUAUAGACCAGACUGCGCCUCAGCACAGUCUGUUCAGGAUCCAUGCUGUUCGCUAUAGUUUCUCUACUUGUAAUAGGGUUUGUAAGCGAACAGCAUGGAUCUUGAUCAAUCUGCGCGGAUGCGCAGGCUGGUCUGGAUCCAUGUUGGUCGCAAACGCAUUACGUUGGUUUUGUCAUGACGCGGCCCAUAUAUUUCUUUUACUUUUGAUUGGUUAGAAAUGUGUCCAUGAGAAACUUAAGAAUUUAAUACUACUAUUUUAAGGAGUAUUUUAAGUCUAUCUUAAGUUUAUCUUCUUGUCAUUUUAUAAUGUUGUACAAGAUAUAUUUUCACAAGUGAAAUCAGGUCACAUUUUUUUAAUAAAUUUUCUGAAAUGUCGCUAUUAACCAUGGUUUUUCAACAAUAUAAUAAACUUCAUCGUAAUAUAAAAGUGAAGAAUUAACCUAUUAGCAGGUGUAAUGUACAUAUUGUGGUUAAAGUCACCAACAUUUUCUCUGUAAACACAGCUGAUUGUUGUGAUUUUAUACCUAUAUUUUUGGAUAUGUUCUUAACUCAGAGGACUGUAGUUGUUUAAUGGUAAAAGCACAUUGGAUAUUGUAAUUCAUCAUAAAGAGAUCAUGUAACAUUUCUAGCACUGUUCUAGCAUGUAUUAAAUUGGUGAAUGUGUAUGGUAUAAAAUACAAUAACUUCCAGAUAAACCAUGCUGAUAUAGAUCUAAUGUAUCAAACAAAUAUAAAGUAUAUUAAUUGAUGACUUUGAGCUGAUAAAAUUGGUGCUACUGUUUCUGACUCAGCUAAUAAGCACAGUCAUUGAUGUAUUUUUUGUCCAGUGUAGUAAAAAAUAUGAAACCAAUCGCAAUGUUGUAAUAUCCGUUACUAAAAGAAAUCUAAUUAAUCUAAUGAAUUUAAGAUAAGCUACAAAUAAAAGUGGUAGACCUCCAUAACUGAUAUCUAUGAACGAUGAUUUUCAUUUGUUAUACACCUGGCAGUUUGAUUUUUGUCAGAAAUGCGGAUUCUUUUCAUGCCUGGAAUCGAGCUUGAUCAAUGUCAUUGACUCUUACAGACUAUUUUAGGGAACUCCACUGUUGUCCAAAUGUCCAAAAACUUUAAAUUUGAAAAUCUUACAUAGAUCAACUUAGACACAUAAGACAGAUAAAAAGAAAGAUAAAAAUUAUGAUAAAGAUAUAUUGAGAAUAAAAUUGAGAAUUGAUAUUACGUGUGGUUCUAAGCUCGGUUCUAGUUUAAAGCAUUUAAAGGCUAUAUGAUUUUCUGGUGUUAUUGCGUUACAAAAGGAUUAUUCUGGAUAAGUGGAAUGAGUCAAUGGUCAGAGAUUCUUUUCACAUGUUAUUGGUACAUCAAAUAGUAUUAAAAUCUUAAUACAAUAUUUCCAGUCCCACCAUGUACAGAAGCUUCAGUGGAGUCCCUUUAAUUGUUUGACAUGUUGCUUUUGUUUUUAGGAAGAAUGUUAAAAUGAUAUAAUGCUUGUUUUUGUUACUCAGAUUUAGCUAGCCAGAAAUGUUUAACUCUAAAUGUUACAAACAAAUUUACCUGAAUGUGCUGUUGUUGUUGUUUUUUGUUAUUGUUGAUUCAAGUAUUAUAUAAAUGCAUUGAUUAUUCUUUAGAAGUGCUGAAUUAUUUCAUUUAUAUAUUAUCUUAUUGUUAGAUUCAUUUGAAUUUUUAGUCUAAAAAACAAAACAAAACAAUAAAAAAAUGAGAUAAAAAAUGAAAGCUAUGCCUUUUGUUAAUCAUGUUAAACUUUUGAAGAUGCAGUAUAAGUGAAGAUCAAUUAAUUGUAGUAUUUAUAUAUUUUUUUGAGAAUAUGAAAUUGGUGUUCUAAAUAUUUCUGUAUACAAUUCAAAUUAGAGAUAGUAUUUACUCGCACAAUGUUACCCUAAACAUUUACAAAUUCUAAUACUAUUAUCUAAGGGUAUAACAGUUUUAUCAAUGAUAUAUCAUACAAAAUUAAUGUACUACAUACAUGCAAUAUUUCUAGCCAACAAUACAGGAGUAACUGGCUUUAAAAACCAAGCAUCAUUAUCUUUAGAGUAUGCAAAAUGAUUUUGUAUUUUUCUCCUACUUUAUUAUCUCAAAAACCAUUUAUGAUAUCAGCCGAGGCUAGAAUACCAAAUAUGUAAAUGCACUAAAGCCCCUGAUGUUACAAAUAAUGACUCGGUGUUAUAAGUGAUUCAGGUCUUUAUUUCACAGCUCUUCCCUAUUAAGAUUAUUGGAUAGUUGUUUACUUUACUUACAAGAAACUGGAUAUAGGUUAUCUAAAAACUUAAUGUGAAAACAUCAACAUUAUUAUGAAUUGUUAUACUUUAAUAUAUUAAAAACACAAGCAUUUGAGAUGUAUGGAUCGUGAAAAAACUAGACCUUUAUAAAACUAUAUGUAUGUCAUUUUCAAUCGGCAAAUUUUGAAGAAGUAAAACAAAAACCUUUCCAUACAUUUAAUGAGCGCCAUAUAUUAUUACUUUGUUACAACAUUUUUGUUACCUUCAAAGUGAAAACAUUGUUGUAUAUAAAGAACUUGCAUUAGUGCUGUACAUUUUGUCCUUUUAUUUUAUGUUAAGAAUUUCAUCUUUAUGUAUAAAAUUGUCCCUUCACUUGUAAAAAGUGUAUAUAGAUCUGUUCUUUGUUGUUUACCUUUGUUUUUAAUUUAUAUGAAAACUUAGAGUAGUAAUCAUAGUUGUAAUAAGCAGUCUAACAGAGAAAAUAUUGACAAACAAUUAUUUUCUGGUUGAUUUUCUUAAUUUCUUUUUUUGUAGUCAAGCAUUUAUCACAGGAAAAUGUAUGAAAAACAUGUAUCACAUGAAACAGUAAAAAACUUAACAUCCCUUCUAGCUAUAAGAGCAUGUAUUUGUACAUUAGAUAAUCUACACCUAACUUUGUUCCAAAACAUUACAGAUUAUAUUAUAAAGAAUAAAAGAUUUAAUUUAACAUGUAUAUCAUAAUUAUUUUGUAACAUUUUUGUGCCCCAAAGUGGGGAGCAUAGAUAAACCCUUGUCCGUUCGUCAGUUCUCUUUUUUUUAUUUUAAACUUGUGUCGAAUGUAACUCAAAAAGUAUUUGACUUAGUCAUGAAACUUAUGUUGUGUUACUUGUUCCUUGAGUGUUUGAGUUAGAAUCAACCAGCUUUACAGGAAUAUUAAUGAUCAACAUCACAGUGAAGCUAUGCACCUGGGACUUUGCAUGUGGAUUUUUUUCAGUUUUGUUAGAGUUAUUGCCCUUGACUUAGUAUAAAUUUGCAAUUUUCAACUUGUUCAUGCAUAGUUCAAAAAGUAUUUGACUUGUAGGCCUGAAAGUUUACAAGAAUGUUGGUCAGCAUGUGUACUUAUGCACCUUGGGAUUUGCUUGUGGAUUUAUUCAGUAUUUGUAAAGUUCUUGAUCUUUAAUACUUAGUAAACAGAUUUUUAGUUUUCAACUUGUGGCACAUGUAGCCCAAAAUAUUUGACCUAGGGCCAUAAGAUUGACAAAACAGUUGAGUGUUGGGGCACCCGUGUCCUAUGGACACAUUUCUAGUUUUACUCUUAUUUUUGUUUUAUUCAUUUAAUAUCAUUUCCAUAUUGUUUAGAAACUGCUGAGUUAUUUUAUAAAUGGACAUUUUUUUCUGUUAGACUGCAUAAAGACCAAUAUUAAAUUCACAAUUUGUAGUUUAAAUCACACAUUCAAAUAAAUACAAAAUAAAUGAAAUAUUUCUAUGCAA